UUCUGUUGAGGAUAUAAAACACAGCUGCCCUAUUGUUUAGUGUUCAGGUCAUCAAUCUAGACUUGUUUGUCAGGGUGGAGCUACAGGCUUUGCAGUUUCAACAUCAUUUUCCCUUAUUCUGAGCUUAUUCUCUAGGAUAUGGGUGAACAAAAUAAAAUAUUAUCCCGUCCCAUUUUCCGUCGAGAUGUGAGUUGGGAUCCUUUCCCAAACUGGACACAGCCGAGUCGCAUCUUUGCACAGGAUUUUGGCCUCCCUCCUUUCCUGGAGCCUAGUGAUCUGGACUGGAUAGACUGGGCAAAGAGGAGACUGGGAUCUUUCUCCUGGCCUGGGUACACACAAACUCCCCUUCUGCCUCCAUUCAGUGGUCAGCACCCUGCGGCGUUGAACCAAAAGGGUCUGAGACAACUGACAAGUGGAGUGUCAGAGAUCCGAACAGGACAGGACAGCUGGAAGAUUAACCUGGAUGUCAAUCACUUCUCGCCUGAGGAAAUUACAAUCACAACCAAGGAGGGUUACUUGCAAAUAUCAGGAAAUCACGAAGAAAGGCAGGAUGAACAUGGAUCUGUUUCACGGUGCUUCACCCGAAAAUACAAGCUGCCACCGGGGGUGGACUUGCAGCACAUCAGUUCGUCGCUGUCUGGUGAUGGAGUUCUGUCCAUAGAGGCCCCGGCCCCUGGGACAUCCGUCAGUGACCCUAUCAAUGAGAUUGUCAUACCUGUUCAGAUCAGACAGAAACAGGACGGGGAAAAGUGAAACCAGUAAGCAGAAUUUGAAACUUAAGAUGUAGCAACCUUUGUAACACUGGCAGAAAAAAUAAGUCUGUAGUCUGUAGUGUAACGACAAGCUUGUUCUCCUGCUAUGAGAUACUUUCUAAUACUGUUUAAUGCAUUGUCAUAAGGGUAGUACCAUGUCACCAUUACUUUUGGUUUCAAAAUAAAAUGCAGACUCAUCAAUAUGACACAGAACUGACUCUGAAAAUAAGGAAUUACUUUUGCUAGUCAACACUUAUAAUUAGCACAACCUUGUAUUCUAAGAAUUUACCACACUUUUUCCAUGCACUUAUAAUGUCUUCAGUAUUUAAAAAAAAAGACAAUACUGGCCGAGGAUGGACAGUGCACUACAGGUUUAAUUGUACUUGAUAGCAAUUGACUAUAUAUGCCUAAACAGCUUAUUUACGUACUUAUUUUAAAAAAGGAAUGUACAUCAAAAAGGGAUUCUGUGUAACAUGGUGACAAAAUAGAAAAACAAAAUUUUUUCCAUGUUAUUUUGAGGAAUACAAACACUGUAAAGGCUGUAGCUUCUAUUGUGUUUUGAAUAACCACCCUAAUGAAGCUGUCCUGACAUCAUGUAAUGUUCACAUAAAUGUAUUAAACAGCUUCUGCCACGUGAA